ACAGUUCUGAGACAGAAAACACGUAAACAAAAGGAAAGCGUAAUGGCGAGUGAGGUAGCGAUGGAGGGGAGCACCGUAGCGGCGGCGGGGACAACAGAUGCACCCGUUCCAACAGAUAAGCAGCCCCAUAAGCUCGAUAAGAAGUGGACUUUCUGGUUCGAUAACCAAUCUAAGAAACAUGGCGCCGCUUGGGGCUCCUCUCUCCGUAAAGUUUUUACCUUUGACACCGUCGAAGAAUUCUGGAGUUUGUACGAAAAUAUAUUCAAGCCCAGCAAGUUGCUUUCAAAUGCUGACUUCCACUUGUUCAAAGCUGGAGUUGAGCCCAAAUGGGAGGAUCCUGAGUGCGCUAAUGGGGGGAAAUGGACUGUUAUCUGUAGCAGAAAGGCAAUCCUUGAUAUCAUGUGGCUUGAAACUUUGAUGGCUUUAAUUGGAGAGCAAUUUGAUGAGGCAGACGAAAUUUGUGGUGUGGUUGCUAGCGUACGCCAGCAAAGGCAGGACAAAAUCUCAUUGUGGACUAAGACAGCAGCAAAUGAGGCUGCGCAGAUGAGUAUUGGGAGGAAAUGGAAGGAGAUCCUCAAUAUCACCGAUCAGAUCACUUACAGCUUCCAUGAUGAUUCUAGAAGGGAAAGAUCUGGAAAGCAAAAAAGUCGAUACAAUGUGUAACCUCCGGGUAAUUUCGUGUGGCAAGUUGUAGGGAGGAGCAAGAACUUGGUUGAGAAGGAAUCAAUUAGCUCGAUUUUGUGAUCUGUUUGCCCUAGAUGCCCAGAUAAUCAAAAUAUUUUUUUGCAUUUAAAAUGAUGUUUGGAUGUAACACUAUAAUCUUACAAAAUCAGCACAUUCAUAGAUUUUUAGCAGUUGCAUUAUAUUUUAUUUCAGCCUUUUGCUUUUACUUCACUGAGUCAUCUAAAGUCGGCAACUUUCUACUUAGAACUCUGCAUUUUGCUGUAAGGUUGAUUCUGAAUCCCAUUUGUUUAUGAGACAAUUCACUUGUCA